CCCCUCUCUUUAUGUAAUAUUUUCUCAUCAGGAACACGACCAUUUGAUUCCAUAAUAUUGACCAAUGCUACAUGAGAACAAGAAGGGAAAAAAAAAGAAAAAAAGGAGGGUAAUUUAUGGCUUAAUAUUCUGUGGACAUCUGAGAUUUAUUACUGUGAAUUCUGAGCUAUUUUAUUACAAGAUAUUAAGCAAACAUUUCCAAAAAAAACACAAAAAUAAAAACAAAAACAAACCAAAACACAGGCAACGUAAUGCACAGACACACAGACGGUGCUUCCAAACCUCAGUGUCCAUUAGCAGAAAAGGGGGGGUGGGGGUGGAGGGGGUUGGGGGGGGUGGGGGAAGGAAAAGUUAAGCCUGGCUUAAGAAAUUUGUACACCCCACCACCACCCCACCACCACCCCCCCCCCCCCCCCCCCCCGCAGCCCAGCUGCCUCCCCAGGCAGGACCCCCAGCCCUGGCUCCAGGAGCGCUCCCCUCCCCACCGCAUCCUCCCCAUCCCCCGGCACCCCGGGGGUGCUGGGGGGGUUUUGGGGGUGCAGGACUUACUUUCCAUGCCCACUUAGUUUCAACUAGGGAAUCAACAGAAGCAAAAGCAAUUUUUUCCCUUUUUGACACCCGCCUCCCCAUUGGCUCCCCCCGGGUCAGCUGACUUUGUCAUUUUGUCUGUCCUGGAGCAGAGCCUUCCCUAUAACAAUCUAGUUCAGACUACAAACUGGAGACAGAAAUAAAUAUUAAAGAAAUCACACAGCCAGGUAUAGAGGACGAUAUGAAUUCCUAUUUUACAAACCCAUCUUUAUCCUGCCAUCUAACCAGUGGCCAAGAGGUGCUUCCCAACGUAGCCCUCAAUUCAACUGCCUAUGACCCUGUCAGGCAUUUUUCUACUUAUGGAGCAGCCGUUGCUCAAAACCGGAUUUAUUCUUCUCCUUUUUAUUCACCGCAAGAUAAUGUUGUGUUUAGCUCCAGCCGAGGACCUUAUGACUAUGGAUCUAAUGCUUUUUACCAAGAAAAAGACAUGCUUUCUAGCUGCAGGCAAAAUUCUAUGGGACAUAAUACACAGACAUCAAUCGCACAGGAUUUUACCAGUGACCAAAACAGGAACACUUCGCAAGAACAAAAAACUAGCAUUCAAAUAUACCCAUGGAUGCAGCGUAUGAACUCCCACAGUGUCUGUUUUGUCUCGGCAUCCCUAGGAGUGGGCUACGGGGCCGACCGCCGGCGGGGCCGCCAGAUUUAUUCCCGUUAUCAAACCUUGGAGCUGGAGAAGGAAUUUCACUUCAACCGGUACCUGACCCGGCGGAGGCGGAUCGAAAUCGCCAACGCUCUCUGCCUGACGGAACGACAGAUUAAAAUCUGGUUCCAAAAUCGAAGGAUGAAAUGGAAAAAAGAAAGUAAUUUGAGUUCAACCCUCUCCGGGGCGGGAGGGGGGGCCGCCGCCGCUGCCGCCGACAGCUUGGCCAAGGAGGAAAAGCGAGAAGAGACAGAGGAGGAGAAGCAGAAGGAGUGAAAAAGUGACAGCUCGGCGGCAGGACCCCCCCCCCCCGACCCCCCUUCCAUCCCCCCCCCCCCCCCGUAUUUAUCACUGGCACAAUGUUUGGCUACGUAAAAAAAAAAAAAAUUAAUAAUGAUGGGGGGUUUAAAAAAAUAUGGUCUAAUGUGGACAUCCCCUCCCCACCGCUACACA